CGAGGGGGGAGCCAUGGACUCGGCGCCAGCCUUCGCCAUGGACAAGCCGUUCGCCCCCAGCGCCGUGCGCGGCCCCGAGCCGCCCGAAAACCCCCAAAGUCGGAAAAACUUCAGCGUCAGCCACCUCCUGGACCUGGAGGAGGUGGCAGCCGGGAUGAACGGGACCCCCCCGGCCGGUCCUCCGCCCGCCGGCAGCGGUAAGGCCGUACCAGAGCCGUCGGGAGGCAGCAGCGGCAGCGAGGCAGCGCCCCAGGACGGUGAGAGCCUGAGCCCGAGCCGUGGGGCAGCCAAGAGGAAGAAGAAGCAGAGGAGGAACCGAACCACCUUCAACAGCAGCCAGCUGCAGGCCCUGGAGAGGGUGUUCGAGAGGACUCACUACCCAGACGCCUUCGUGCGCGAGGAGCUGGCCAGGAGGGUCAACCUCAGCGAGGCCAGAGUCCAGGUCUGGUUCCAGAACCGCCGAGCCAAGUUCCGCCGGAACGAGCGGGCGAUGCUGGCCAACAGGUCUGCCUCGCUGCUCAAGUCCUACAGCCAGGAGGCAGCCAUCGAGCAGCCCGUGGCACCGCGCCCCACCGCGCUGGCACCAGAGUACCUCUCCUGGAGCGGCACCUCCCCGUACAGCACUGUGCCCUCCUACAGCUCCAGUGGGACUGCAACGCCCACCCAAGGGGUCAACAUGGCCAACAGCAUCGCCAGCCUGCGCCUCAAAGCCAAAGAGUUCAGCCUCCAUCAGAACCAGGUGCCCACUGUGAACUGACCUGGGCAGAGCCCAGCCUGUGGCCUCAUCUGGGAUGCAGAGUGGAGCUCCUGUGCCAGCCCAGGACGAACCCACUGCCUGCACCACCCAAUGCCACUCCUCCAGCACCUCAGCACCUCUCCUCGUCCCUCUUGAAGGUAGAGUCAGUGCCAAGCCCAGGUGGCACAGCAAGCACAGCCCCACUGCAGAGCCCCCCCACCCACAGGCUAUAUUUACACGCCGGACCCCCUGCGCCGCAGGGCAGGCACUUGCCGAGGGAGCAGGAAUUUGCUUCCAAACAUGGAAGGAUUUUGGACUAUUGGAUUUGACCAAUUUGGGUAUCUUGCCCAGAGAGCCACUGGGCCUGCCCCUGCCGCGGGGCAGUGCAGCCAUGGGGGGGACUCGAUCCCCCUCUCCACUGCCACUCCUCCUCCUCCUCUUCUGCACCCUCGGCUGAGGUGCUUGGGGAGACUUUGCUAAGCCACUGGCUUGCCCCAGCCAGAGCUUAGGAGCUGCCUAUGCUGGGGGCAUCAGGCUUUGUCCCUUCCUAGAGGGGUGAGGAGGGCUGGAGCACCCCAGCAGCCUCUCUCAGAGCCUGUGAGCUCUCCCACGAGCUUCAGGCAGCCUCCCCAGUCCCCACGGGGGAGCUGCCAGUGACUCUGCAGUCCCAGGUCAUCGAAGCCUCCCAGGGAAGAAGGAAAUUGGAACAAGCUGUGGGGUUGGAGCUGAGCAGGCAGCUCCCAGCACUCUGUGCCAAGGCCAAGCGGGUGCUGCCUGUGGACAAAGCCCUCUGGAAACCAGACCACCCUGCCCUCACCCAGUGCACAGAGCCACCAGCUCCCAUGGGUGGCCUGGACGGGGAAGACAUCAGCCCUGCUUACCUAGGAGGGUUUAGCC